UCGGUUCAAUUAAUUUUUUCAGACAAUGCCAUUUCCAGAAUUAGAAUAUGGAAAAUUACAAAUUUUAUCGUUGAAUAUUUUCAUAAUCCUUUUCAAAGCAUCUACAUUGAAUCCCUAUCAUUUAAAGGCAAAUCUGGAAGAGGUGGAAGUGAGUUUACGAAAAACUUGCGAUCAGUCAUCCUUGCUUGCCAACCAUAUUUUAAUACUGUUGAUAUCAAUUUUACUCAUGGUAAAAUUUCUUGCUGGUUACUUAACUUUAGCUGCAAAUGUAAUAGCCAUGUUUUCCAUACUGACUGAAGCCUUGCCACAUCUUUUAAUACCGCCCAUACUUGCUCAGGCUAUAGACCAUGUUCUUUUAAGCUUGCUUGAGACUAUUUUGGGAUUUUUUACUUUAUAUUAUCAUCAUGCAGCUACUGCAAAUGGCAAAGUUGGGGUGUUGGUAAUUUUUCUAACAAGUAUGACCAUCAAAAUCGGGGCAGCAAUAGCAACGUUGAAUGUCUACUCCGAUUUUUACCAACAUUUAAAAUAUCCCAUAUACAUUUCAUACGACUCCAAGGAUUUAUUGUUUGAGUGAAUUGAAAAAAUCAUAGAUACGCAGGUGUUCGAAUACAUACCGGAGCCACCUCAUUGACAUCAAUGAUUUGUAUGAUUAAAAGGCCCAUACCCUGCUGUACUGUGGGUGCUGUGCUAUCGGUUACCAAUACAUUUAUCCUUAUAACCUAAAAGUAAAAAAUAAAAAAAAUAUGAGUAUUUGGAAGCUAUUUCAAUGUUUUACAGCUUACAGCAAAUAAAUUCCUAUUGAGUUUCUUAUUAACAAUAACGUUGCCGCUACGUGUUAUCGUAAAAUAUUCCUUAAAUUGUUCACUAUUCUCCACUUCGUUGCCAUCUUUAUCUACGGCGGUGAUAUUAACGCCAGCAAAUUCUAAGGCAUCUCUAGAAGAUACAUCGGGAUCAAUUGCAACCAGGGUAUAGAAAAUGGUGCCAACAAUGGUGUCCUCGCGCACCUAAUGCAAAAACAGAAGAUAUAUGUGAUCACGAAAUCUUUGGACGAGAAGAAGACAAACCUCUGCAUGUUGUGUAGCUGGUGUGAAAUAGGGAUCCUUAUCGUUGCUAUUCAAUAUAUCCACAGUCAAUGUAGCAGUGCCCGAUAAACUGGGUGUACCCAUAUCCAUGGCAAUCACUUCAAUCUCAUAGGAAUUGCGUUUAUCGUAAUCCAAUUUGCGUGAAACAAACACCUCACCAGUAUUCUCAUCAAUGCGAAAAUCAUCGAAACUUCCCUGUUGUAUGCGAUACCUGCCAACAAAAGAAUCCAAAUCCUCAGCUUGUAGCUUAUCCACACUGCGUCCAAUCUCGGAAUUUUCUUCCACCUCAGCCUUGUAUUCAUUGAAUAAAAAUCUAGGCUUGUGAUUGUUUACAUCCCUAACAGUAAUGUUGACCAUGCAAUUUGCAGUGAAAAGACCAUCAUUGGCUUCAACAGAAAAUACCAGAUUAUCAUUGUUUAAAUGGGUAACAUCUAAAGUGGCAUUUGGACGUAUGGUGAUAUGUCCCGUUUCCUUGUCAAUUACAAACGUAUCUUGAAUGUGUUUAUCGCCAACAAUACUGAAGAAAUAAAACAAAAUUUAAUUAAAAAUUUAUAA